CACCUCCCAUACAGAAAGAGACUCCGCCUGCUCAGUGAUCAAAAUAUCACAACAACAAACUACAGCUGGUUGAGAGGAGCACAAGAAAUCACACUUUCUACAUCGUAUUUGCAUCGGACGAUAAAUCUGAGUGAUUUGAGCAAAAAUGCCUGAUAAGGAUCUGUUGUAUCCCAGUCUCUCCAAGGAGAGGAGUAGACACAAGAAGAAGAGGCUGGUGCAGAGUCCCAACUCCUACUUCAUGGAUGUUAAAUGCACAGGCUGUUACAAGAUCACCACCAUCUUCAGCCAUGCCCAGACAGUGGUACCUUGUGCAGGCUGCGCUUUAAUCCUCUGCCAACCAGCAGGGGGGAAAUGCAGACUAACUGAAGGUUGUGCCUUCAGAAAGAAAUAUUCCUGAGCAGAAAAUGUGCGGAACACCCAUGACAGGCAGCUGGAAGAAUGUACCAUAGAAAGCAUCGCACUUUGGGCUUUUAAGUCCUUAGUAGAGAAAUAUAUCUAUCUGUAUCUUGAUAAUGUGGAGUGAAAUGUCAUCUCCCCCCUACGCCCCCUGUGGUGUUUCAUAGAACAGAGCAGAAGAGGAGCUAUGCAAGCUCAAGAUUAACUUAAAUCAUAAUCAUGCAGACAUCCCCGUAUAUUCAGAUUGAACUGUAUGCACAUCAGGUUGAUAUGAUGAAGCACUUUUAUGUAGAGUAGUUUUUAUUGAUUGAGUAAAGCACGUUAUGAAAUCUUCAAAAUG